AUGUCGUUGCAGAACAAAGACUCGAGCUUCACGUACGUGCACAUGCACCGCGCCAGCGACGCCGAGCUUUUUGAAGACUUUUGCCGCGACAGGCUGCCCGCCGACGAGAUUUACGUGCCGCCGCAGCACCAGCCCAUCAACCCGGAGGACGAGGACGACGUGGUGCCGGACCAGCACGCCGCGUUUGGCAUCCAGCGCGCGACACAGCGCGUCAACGAGCCGGCGUGGAAGGACCUGGGCUUGGCGUCGCUGAUGGAUAAAGGUCCGGAUGCGAGCGGGAAGAGGAAUAGCGGCAAAGGUGCCAUGGGAGUUAGGAACCUUCCGCGCUAG